GCGACCAGAGAGCGGCUGGCGGGCGCGCGGAAGCCAUGGCGCGGCGGGCGGCGGGGGCCUGGGCCGUGCUCGGGCCGCUGCUCUGGGGCUGCGCGCUGGCGCUGCGGGGCGGGAUGCUGUACCCCCGGGAGAGCGCGUCGCGGGAGCGCAAGGAGCUCGGCGGCCUCUGGAAGUUCCGCGCCGACUUCUCCGAAAAUCGGCGCCAGGGCUUCGAGCAGCAGUGGUACCGGACGCCGCUGCGGGAGUCGGGUCCCACCCUGGACAUGCCUGUUCCCUCCAGCUUCAAUGAUGUGGGCCAGGAUGGGCAGCUGCGUGGCUUUGUCGGCUGGGUGUGGUAUGAACGAGAGGCAACGCUGCCCCAGCGAUGGACCCAGGACCUGAACACAAGAGUGGUGCUGAGAAUUGGCAGCGCCCACUACUAUGCCAUUGUGUGGGUGAAUGGGGUCCAUGUGGCAGAGCAUGAGGGGGGCCAUCUUCCGUUCGAGGUUGACAUCAGCAAGCUGGUCCAGAGUGGGCCCCUGUCCUCCUGCCGCAUUACCAUCGCCAUCAACAACACACUCACCCCCCACACCCUGCCGCCAGGGACCAUCGUCUACAAGACGGAUACCUCCAAGUACCCCAACAGUUACUUUGUCCAGAACACAAACUUUGACUUCUUCAACUACGCGGGACUGCACCGGCCUGUGAUCCUCUAUACCACGCCCACCAUCUACAUUGAUGACAUCGACGUCACCACCAGCGUGGACCAAAGCACUGGGCUGGUGCAUUAUCAGAUUUCCAUCCAGGGCAGUGACCACUUCCAGCUGGAAGUAUAUCUUCAGGAUGAGGAAGGCAAUAUUGUGGCCCGGGGGACUGGAGGCCACGGCCAGCUGCAGGUGCCCAAUGCCCACCUCUGGUGGCCAUACCUGAUGCAUGAGCACCCUGCCUACCUGUACUCAUUGGAGGUGAGGCUGACUGUACAGACGGCAGCUGGGUACAUGUCUGACUUCUACUCGCUCCCCGUGGGGAUUCGCACUGUGGCUGUCACAAAGAACCAGUUCCUCAUUAACGGGAAACCUUUCUAUUUCCAUGGGGUCAACAAGCAUGAGGAUGCAGACAUCCGAGGGAAGGGCUUCGACUGGCCACUGCUGAUGAAGGACUUCAACUUGCUUCUCUGGCUUGGUGCCAACGCCUUCCGUACCAGCCACUACCCCUAUGCAGAGGAGGUGAUGCAGCUCUGUGACCAGUAUGGGAUCGUGGUCAUUGAUGAGAGCCCUGGCGUGGGCAUCGUGCUGAGCCAGAGCUACAACAACCAGUCUCUGCAGCACCACCUUGAGGUGAUGGAGGAGCUGGUGCGCAGGGACAAGAAUCACCCAGCGGUCGUGAUGUGGUCUGUGGCCAACGAGCCCGCUUCCUCCCUGGAACCUGCAGGUUACUACUUCAAGACACUGAUUGCUCACACCAAAGCCUUGGACCCCUCCCGGCCCGUGACCUUUGUGACCAACUCCAAGUAUGACGCAGACCUCGGGGCACCAUACGUGGAUGUCAUCUGUGUGAACAGCUACUUCUCCUGGUAUCAUGACUUCGGGCACCUGGAGGUGAUUCAGCUGCAGCUGGCCACCCAGUUUGAGAACUGGUACGAUACCUAUCAGAAGCCGAUUAUUCAGAGCGAGUAUGGGGCGGACGCCAUCACAGGGUUUCACCACGAUCCACCUCUGAUGUUCAGCGAGGAGUACCAGAAAAGUCUGCUCCAGCAGUAUCAUUUGGUUCUGGAUCAAAAACGCAAAGAAUAUGUGGUUGGAGAGCUCAUCUGGAAUUUUGCCGAUUUUAUGACUGACCAAUCACCGGUGAGAGUACUAGGAAAUAAAAAGGGGAUCUUCACUCGCCAGAGACAACCAAAAGGUGCAGCGUUCCUGUUACGAGAGAGAUACUGGAAACUUGCCAACGAGACUGGGUACCACCCGACAGCUGAGAAGCCACAGUAUCUGGGAAAGAGCCCCUUUACUUGGUAAAGCAAGAACUACCUCUUGGCUGACACCAGCUGUCAGCCCCUCCCUCCUUCCCAGGUGAGGGCUGUGGCUACAGCCGACAGAGAAAGUGCCUCCUUCCUGGCCUAUGUGUGGCAGAAAGGAGUUUCUGAUCUGGAUUUUGUAGUCAUUUGCUAGAAGGGAACAUUAGAAGUGAAAAUAAAGGAUUUUGUAGUAUGGGAAUUAAGAGUUGGCUCAUAAGUGACCAUUCCAUAAAUUGAAUGAUGAUCUGUACCACUGAAAAGCAUCUGAAGUUAUUUUUGUGUCAAGCUGUUUACAUAGCCUUAACUGGGUAUAGACUUUUAGAAACUUUUGCUUCAACACUCACAAGUUCAGAGUUGCUGGUUACAGACUGCUUCGUAGGAGUAGCUCCCCUGCCUUAGGGCCGCCCUGCUCACGUACCAAACCAGGCCAGCCUGUAAAACUCCACAGAUGAGCUGCAAUCCUCACACAUUUACAGAAAGUGAUAUGCUAAAAUAAUGAAACUCAUACUAGUUGCCACAGGUUAGAGUUGAGGAAUGUCAGAAUUGGAAGGGAGCUCAGAGGUAAACCAGCUCUUCCAGGACAUUGCUCCAUCCUGUCGUAGCUUUAUUUUUAAGAACACUAGCAAGGUAGCUAACUUUGAUCUCCAUCUUUCUUCCCCCAAAAUAUAACACCCUGUGGAAAAUAUGGCUCUGGAAUUUCAGGGGUGACCUCCCCCAGGACUGCUCAGAUGGGGGCAAGAGGCUAACACAUAAAACAGCUUUGUACCAAUUCCCCAAUCAUUUACAGUGGAAGAAAUACCCACCUAGUUAUGGUAGGGUUAUGGUACCCAGCACAGUGCCUUCUCAGUAAAAAUCGUUUAAUCAUAAAUGAACGCCUGGCUGCUUUGCUAGCCUGGUAUUCCACUUCUUGUACCAAAGGAAUAAAAUUGCAAACCUGGUAUUUGUUGCCUAUCAGGGAUUUUUCUGUCCUUAACAAAAAUGAAGGCAAAAUAAUGAAUUAAUCUUCAAGUCUUUUUGUUUUCUAAAAGCCAAAGCAGACCAUUACCCUUUUACUUUUGCUCUUUAGCACUGCCAUUCACUGCAAAUUCUCCCCAUGUUAUUCCUAUUGUUUAGAUUGUCCACUUUCUCAUACACCUGGUAGAACAUUAUUUUCAUUCGAGGGAUGCCUCCAAAUUACAGAUAGGGUAUGCCAUUUUUUGUUUUCCUGCAGGCAAAUCAUUACAUUUAGGUAAAUUCUUAAUAUACUUCAAUUCUUGGACCAAAGUAUUUUUAUCUUUCCCAAUCUAGGUGUCCCAUUCACUUUUGAUGCCUUAUCCCCAUCACUUCUAAUCAGUUUUAAGGCUCAUUUGAGGCUUUUAGUCAUCCUUUAUUUUCUGUUUUCUGAAAUGAAUAUCCAAAUUGGAUCAAAGGAAACGGGUAAGUUUUGAAAAGAUGGUUCUGGUUUUCAGACUAUAAUUCACACACUGCCUUUCAUGUAGAGGGAACGUAUCCUCACAAAGAACAUUUCAAUGAUCAACACAAAUGAUGUGUCUGUCAGGCCCAUUUCUUAAGUCCUAAGGGUCUAGCACAGAACACAUUUGUUCUAGUCAAUAAAAUAUGGCUAAACUGUA